AUGGCUCGUUUCUCGUGUUUGCUCCUGUCCGCCGCCGCACUGAUAGCCGUCACUUACGGAUCGCCGCUGACCAACGACAGACAGCUACAGGAUGGCAACAACGGAGAAGAUCUGGGAAUCACUGAACAACUGCAGGAGCUCAUCGAGAAGCGUGACGUGUCCGUGGAACUCGGAGGCGCCACCGUCACCCUGUCGCCCAGGAACUUGGAAGAGAACGAACUCGGUCUGACCCUGAGACUUCCCAGCUCCGCCGAGCCAAGAAGCAAACGCCAUAAGCUCAAGAAGAUCCUCAUGCCCAUCAUGGUGUUCGUCAUGCUCAAGGCACUCACACUGAUCCCGCUCGCCAUCGGCGUGUUGGGCUUGAAGGCGUGGAACGCUCUGCAACUGUCGUUCUUCUCGUUCGUCAUAUCCAUCGGUCUGGCCAUCUUCCAGCUGGUGAAGAAGGCUUCCGAGUCACCACCAUCUCUGACCACCCACGACGCCGGAAUCUACGGCGCCCCACCAGCGCACUACGCCAGGAGCGUCCAAGAACACGCUCAACAGUUGGCCUACGGUUCCAACCAAGUCAGAUAG